GGCUGAGGGCUGCGCCGUGGCCGCUGCUGGGCAGAGCGGAGCGUGCCGCGGCGCGCGGCGGCAGCGCAGCCUCUCCCUGCGCGGGCCCCCCGCGCGCUCCCACCUGCCGCCAUGGGCGAGCCCAGCAAACAGGACAUCGCCGCCAUCUUCAAGCGCCUCCGCUCCGUCCCCACCAACAAGGUGUGUUUUGACUGUGGAGCGAAGAACCCUAGCUGGGCAAGCAUAACAUAUGGAGUUUUUCUCUGUAUUGAUUGUUCAGGGACCCAUCGAUCACUUGGGGUUCAUUUGAGUUUCAUUCGAUCUACAGAACUGGAUUCCAAUUGGUCUUGGUUUCAGCUGAGAUGCAUGCAAGUUGGAGGAAAUGCAAAUGCUUCUGCUUUUUUCCAUCAACAUGGAUGCACUACCAAUGACACCAAUGCCAAGUACAACAGCCGUGGUGCCCAGCUUUACAAGGAGAAGAUUAAAUCUCUUGCCACACAGGCAACAAGAAAGUAUGGUACUGAUCUGUGGACAGAUGGAUGCGGAAUGCCUCCUGUGUCACCUCAAAACAAAGAGGAAGACUUUUUUGCAUCUCAUGUUUCUCCCGAGGUGAAGAAUACAGAGUGGGUGUUAUCAGAGCCAGAGCAAGUCUCCCUACAGCAGAAGACUUCAGAAAAUACUCCUGAAUGCUCUGAAGGACCAGAACAUGGACCAAGUGUUGACUGCCUUAGUACAUCACCAAAAGCUGCAUUAGAGAAUACCACCUUCAUUAGAAAGAAGCCAAGUCAAGCUAAGAAGGGGCUUGGUGCCAAAAAAGGUGGUUUGGGGGCACAAAAAGUGAGCAUCCAAAGCUUUAAUGAGAUUGAGAAGCAAGCACAAGCAGUAGAUAAAAUGAAGGAACAAGAGGAUCUUCGUAGCAGUAAGAUAACCGAGAAGGAAGAGCCUCUCAUAUCAUCUUUACGGUUGAGCUACAGAGAUCUGGAUAUUAAAACAAAAGAAGAGAAGUUAAAUCUGUCUGGUAAGAAGAAAAGUGAACUGGAGAGACUUGGCAUAGGAUUUGGCAGCAGAAGAAGUGGCAUUUCCCACUCAGUCACCUCAGAUAUGCAAACAAUAGAGCAGGAAGCACCUGCAAUUGCAAAGCUGAAGAAAAGCCACCCUGAUGAUGCAGAAGACUCCUAUUUCUCCUCUAGUUCCAGGUAUUAUGAUUCUUCAGAUUUGAGGAGCAGCACUUUCUCUAAAUGGGAUGACAAUUCAGACUCUUUUUGGAAGAAAGAAAAUAACAGUAGAGAUGUGGAUAUAAUGUUAACUUCCAAAAGUACAGGAUUUUCAGACAGGCCUGCAUCUCGUCGUAAGCCUGAGUAUGAAUCAUCCUUAAUCACUGAUGAGGCACAAAAGAAGUUUGGCAAUGUAAAAGCAAUUUCAUCAGACAUGUAUUUUGGAAAGCAAGAUCAUGCUGAUUAUGAAGCAAGAGCUCGACUAGAAAGACUUUCUGGAAGCUCAUCUAUAAGUUCAGCUGACUUGUUUGAAGAUCAGAAGAAACAACCAACAGGAAGCUACAAUAUAACAAAUGUCUUACCUGCAGCUCCUGAUAUAGCUCAGUUUAAGCAAGGAGUGAAAUCAGUGGCUGGAAAACUUUCUGUGCUUGCAAAUGGAGUCAUGACAUCUAUACAGGAUCGAUAUGGUUCAUAACAUCUUCUGCAUCAACAGAAGUACACUCUCUAAAGAAGGAUUUCUCUUCAGGUGUACAAGUAAUCACACUGCCCAUUCCAGUGAAGAUUGCCUUAAGACUGGUGGUAUUGUCACUUACUCCAGCAUAUUUGUUCCCUUGUGCAGCUUUCUGGCUCUGCCUCUCCUCCCUCCUAUUUCACAGCAGAAAUCUUGUAGCAGUUUGUUACAUUGGGUAUGGUUUGGGGUUUUUUUCUCCUCCUUUACUGCCUUACAUUUCUUAGUACCCUUAGUGUUAGCUGUUGGAAGCUUUACUUUAUGACUGGGUUUGUAAUGUAUGUACAUAUGGGCACACCAUGAUGGGUGCUCACAUGGGCACUAAGCAAUGAGUGCUUGUAUGGACACACUGCAGUGGAUGCUCAUAUGGACACACCGCAAUGGAUGCUCGUAUGGGCACUCAACAAUGGAUGCUCGUAUGGGGACACAACAACGGAUGCUCAUAUGGGGACACAACAAUGCAUGCUCAUAUGGGCACACAGCAUGAACACCUACAUUGGAAAUGAGACUUCCUUGAUUGGAGUCAGUGCAGCUGCAUCCUCACUCGCCAGGCAUAGCUUGUCUUCUGAUUGUCUUAUGAGCUGUGGAGAAGAAAACGUAACUUAAGCAUAUUUUGAGGUGGUAUUUAGUGGACUGUAGCAAAAUAUAGAAUUAAAUUAAACCUUUGCUUAUCAGGAAAUAGAAGCUCUUGCAGUCAUAAAUGGAUGUGCAUUGAAGUGAUGGGGAAUUAGUGUUUUAAAGCAAUUUUCCUGAUAGAAUAUUGUGUGCUCAGAUGUGAUGUGUAGCGAUGAGACAUGAGGUAUACUGAAGAGUGGAUUUCAUCUUGUCAUGGGAAACACUGGUUCCAAGUUUUGAAAAUCACACAAAAUGUCAAUAUGGAAUCCUUAAGUGCUUUUUAAGAAUCUCUACUGGGGACCAAUUUAAAAACAAAAUGGAAAUUAGCUCUAAAGGGCCUAAUAGAGUAGUUAAUUAAAUACUUUUAUGUUUACUGCAGUCUUAGUUUGUAGAUAAAUUAUGGAAUGUCUAAUGAGGAAAUAGAGAGGCUGUGUUUUAGACAGUCUAGAAUUUAUUGUUGAUGACAUCCUGUAUAAAGAUUAUUAUGACCUUUAAGAAAAAAAAAAAUCAAACCCAACACAACCAAGAACAAGCUCAAGUCAAUUCUGUUCUGUAACUUCAUUUCUUAAUUCAAAUUUGUAAACUGCUGAUACCUAAUAAAAACAAUUGGUAUAAACUG